AGAGAGAGAGAGAGCUGAUUGGCUACCUGCUAUUUCUCUCCCUCUCUCUCUGCUCUAUAUUCCCAUCCCCGAUGAUUUAUCAAUGAGUUCUUUAGGGUUUAAAGGAAAAACCUUCCUCCAUCAGAGGAUAUUUAAUAAAGCGCGAGGAGACAGUAGACGGGAGCGCGCACACAUUUCAACAAGAAGACACGCAUAGUACUUAUUUUUGUCUUUGCAUGAAAACCCCUGGGAUAUUAUUUUAUUAUUAUUUCAUAGUGACAUUUAGAUAAAAAGGAAUCCACCCUCCUCAAAAGAUCCUGGACGCCUUUUUUUUCCACUUUGUAAUUGACGAGGACGACGUGAUUUUUUUAUGGUUGGAGAUGAUGUGUGGGAGUGAAAGUGGCUUGGUGUCGGCGCUCCUCGCUCUUCUCCGUUCCGUGGCUCCGGCGCUGCUGCUGCUUGCGGUGUCGCGGUGGCUGUGGGCGCGCAGGUGGAGCGGCGCCCGGGACAAGACGUGCGCGCUCCCGCUGCCAGAGGGAUCAAUGGGCUGGCCACUGAUCGGAGAGACGUUCCACUGGCUAUUCCAGGGCUCCAGCUUUCACAUCUCCAGGCGAGAGAAACAUGGAAACGUCUUUAAAACCCACCUUCUGGGGAAGCCCGUGAUCCGUGUGACUGGCGCUGAAAACAUUCGUAAGAUCCUGCUCGGUGAACACACACUGGUGAGCACGCAGUGGCCGCAGAGCACCCGCAUCAUUAUUGGACCAAACACCGUCAACUCUGUGGGUGAGCUGCACAAGAAAAAAAGAAAAAUCCUGGCGAGUGUGUUCAACCAGACAGCACUGGAGACCUAUCUGUCACGUCUUCAGGAUGUGGUAAAGGGCGAAAUCAGCAAGUGGUGUGCUGAAGCUGGCCCUGUAGAAGUUUAUACUGCUGCAAGGUCACUCACGUUCCGCAUCGCUGUGCGUGUCCUGCUGGGCCUGAAGCUUGAUGAACAGCACAUCACACACCUCUCGAAGACCUUUGAGGAGCUAAUGAACAACCUGUUCUCUCUGCCUGUCGAUGCACCUCUCAGUGGCCUGCGCAAAGGGAAAAAAGCACGAGACGUUCUUCAUGCAGAGAUGGAGCUCAUCAUCAAAGAGAAACUAAAGAAGCAGAAUACAGAUGAUUACUGCGAUGCUUUCGACUACAUGCUGAGCGCUGCAAAGGAACACGAUUACAAUCUGACAAUGCAGGAACUCAAGGAAACAGCGGUGGAACUGAUUUUUGCCGCACACUCCACCACUGCGAGCGCGUCCACGUCGCUCAUACUUCAGCUGAUGCGCCAUUCCGAAGUCACAGAUCGAGCAAGGGCCGAACUGGAGGCUGAAGGCUUGAUUGUGGAUGCUCCCAGUUACUCUUGUUCUUGCUUUAAUGAAAACAGUAGCACAAGCUCAAACAGUACGGCUGAAAAGUGUAUAAAUCAUAUGACACGGCACCAUCUCAUAUCCAAACCUCUGCUUGAAAAAACAACCUGCCCUGAUAGGCAAGAAGGCCAUCGAUCGUGGAUCAGUGUCCCAUACUUGAGGCUGGAGAAACUCAAUCAGCUGUGCUACUUGGACUGUGUGGUGAAGGAGCUGCUAAGAUUUCUCCCACCGGUGUCAGGGGGAUAUAGGACAGUUCUGAAGACGUUCGAGCUGAAUGGUUACCAGAUCCCAAAAGGAUGGAGCGUCAUGUACAGCAUCCGGGACACGCACGAGACGUCUCCUGCCUACUCAAGCCCUGAGCUGUUCGACCCUGAGCGCUUCCUUGCUGACCGGGACGAGAGCAAGAACAGUCGGUUCAGUUAUGUGCCAUUCGGUGGUGGCGUUCGCAGAUGCAUCGGCCGCGAGCUUGCUUUGUUGAUUCUCAAAACACUCGGCGUGGAGUUGCUGGCCACAGCCGAAUGGACAUUAGCCACGGAGAAUUAUCCCAAAAUGCAAACAGUGCCCAUUGUUCACCCAGUCAACGGACUGCAUGUCCAUUUCAACUACAGAAAUCAUGCCAGUGGAAGAAACCGCAGGGAAUCCACACACAUAUAAAAAAAAAAAAACACCCUAUAUAUAUCAGUUACUUUAUUUCUGAACUGCAUUAAAGUGCUUUUCACUAUUCCAUUAAUAAAAUCAGCCCACAGGAGAUGGCUAAAGUACAUUUCAAAAAGAACUAAUCCUAAUCGAAUGAAUAAACUAGUCAAUAAAUGUUUUUAGAAAGGAAAAAUAGAUUUAAAUAAGAACAAGGACAAAUGCAUUUAAAUUGUCCUGAUCAUUGGGUGACAAAAGACUGGAGACUGGUAUAAUAGAACUGAUACUGCAGAGCCCAUACACAGCAAUUUCUAAUAAGAAGAAAUCUCUAAAUGUUCGAUGAGCUAAAUAAGCAUCCUGGAACAUGUGUCUCAAGGCAAAUAUUGUUGUAGUAGUGAACUGCUUUUUUCAGGCUGCUAACAGUUGGUUCAAAAUGCAUAGUCCUAUGGUCAGACAAGUACUAUUUAGAUGAGAUAAGAUUCACAGACAGUUUGUUAAUGUUGAAGGAGGACACCUAUAAGAAUUGUGAUUAACAACAAUUUGUUUUUGCAAUAUACUGAAUACAUUUUCAGCUCAAAUCAGUUAAAAUGUAAACCUUUAUUAUUAUUAUUAUUAUUAUUAUUAUUAGUAUUAAUAAUAUUAAUUAUCAGUAGAUCGAUUAAACGUAAUUAUUAUUAAGUGUUAAACAACUUACCAAAAUUGGCAGACCAUCCAAUUUAAUUCGAGCAAACUGGAACAGAUAGAGAAAUUGUUUUUCUCUAAUUGUUUGUUUGGUUUACUUCAUCUAGGCCAUUGUCUUGCUGCAUGAUAAAGAGCCUCACAACUUAAUUAGAUGCAUUUCCCUGUUAAGUGGCUAAAUUCAUUCAUGAAUCCCAUUAUUAACAAAGAUUCAAUUUCAGUGAGCCAAGUCUAGAAGCAGAAAAGCAAGGACAAAUCUUUAACUGUCCCUCCAAAAUGAUUGACCAGUGAGCUGGUGUAUUUUGGCUCAUUAACAAAUCCUUUUGGCUCAUUAACAAAACCCAAAAGUCUUCAGUGUAUAGCAAAAACAAAAGAGUUGGCCUUGCAGUUCCGAAACUUUCUGAAAGAAAUGCAUGUAAAGCCAUCAUACCAAACAUUCCUUCGCUAUUAUAACAUCAUAUUUAAAUACAAAAUUAAUUAUUGUUAAACUUUAUUAAAACCACUUGCUUUAGGGCUUGAGCAUUACUUGGUCACAUGACCAUAACAUUCCGAAAGUCCCUAGAAGCAUUUUCUCCAACAUGUCCCUUUAAAGAUAAUUUAUAUUAUUGUUCUGAUGAGGUUGUCAUUGUAGAUGCAUGUACAUACAAUUGACUGACAUGAUGGACUCAUGUGAAACUAAAAUACGUGAAACACACCAGUAAUAACUAUAUAACCUCAUCUCCCCAUGUCAACCUAAUCCAGAUGGGGCUUUAAAGUGUACUUAAACAUCUGUAUAACCUUUAAUUAUUAACCAAGCUCUUGUUUAGAAGAAAACACUCUUUUUAUCACACUUUGUUUUUACUUUCAUGUGUAAGUGAUCUAUUAACAAAAUGUGGUUUUGUUUGGUAAAUGAAGUAGGAAUUUAAAUAAGCUUUAUUUAUGAUUAAUUUUUAAGUAGAGAAAAUACAAAUCUGUAGUUGCUAGGCUUACUACAUUAACCUGGAAAUGCUAUUUUUAGUGCUGGCUUCCAGAUGUUUACGGUAGAAAUGUAGAAAUGUGAUAUUAGUUCACAAUGGGUGAACAUGCUAUUAAUUAACUCUUCAUUUAUCCCAGAUGUCUACAAUAGUAUGUUCAUGUAUGGCAUUUUUUCUCACUGUGUUAACAUGCGUAGAAAUGUGCAUUAGCUUCACACAUAGUUAACAGGCUAUUAAUUAUAUUGCAAACUGUGAAUAAAGGUCCUUUUGGAAGGAUCUGUCUAAAACAGGGAAGGAGAAACCAGCAGCACUUUUACACUUUUAUUUGUAUAUUUGUAAUAAUAAUUUGUAUGUGAGGUUUUUUUUUUUUCUAGAGUUGGUGCAUGUCUCCAUGGACAUUUAUUCAGUAUUCUUUAUUAUCUCUAUUAUAUUGGUCUUUAAAUAUGCCUAUGGCUGACUGGCAUUCAGUGUUUCUCCUGCUAAGUAAGACUGCUUAAUAAAAAAUGUGUAUGGUU